GCGGAGGCGGGGCCGGGGCGGUGCCGCUCCAGGCCGCGGGGCUAGCUGGCCGCUCCGAGCCGGGACUCGCUGCGCGCGCCCGCCCCGGCCGCCUCCGCCCUUGAAGUCCCCGGUCGGCGCCUGGCGACCAUGGCCCUGCUGGCGGCCCUUCUGCGCGGCGGCGCCCGCGGCCGCAGCCCCCUGCUUCGGAGGCUGGCUCAGGACAUAAGAUAUGUGGAGCGAGGUUAUGUAUCAAAACCCACUUUGAAUGAAGUGGUCAUAGUAGGUGCUAUAAGAACACCUAUUGGAUCCUUUCUAGGCAGCCUUUCCUCCCUGCCAGCUACUAAACUGGGUUCCAUUGCCAUUCAGGGAGCCAUCGAAAAGGCAGGGAUUCCAAAAGAAGAAGUGAAAGAAGCCUACAUGGGUAACGUUCUCCAAGGAGGCGAAGGACAGGCCCCUACAAAGCAAGCGGUAUUGGGUGCAGGCUUGCCUGUUUCUACUCCAUGCACCACUAUAAACAAAGUUUGUGCCUCAGGAAUGAAAGCCAUCAUGAUGGCCUCUCAGAAUCUUAUGUGUGGACAUCAGGAUGUAAUGGUGGCAGGUGGAAUGGAGAGCAUGUCCAACGUUCCCUACAUAAUGAACAGAGGAGCAACACCAUAUGGUGGGGUAAAGCUCGAAGAUUUAAUUGUAAAAGAUGGGCUAACUGAUGUCUACAAUAAAAUUCACAUGGGCAACUGUGCCGAGAAUACUGCCAAGAAACUGAAUAUUGCACGAGAUGAACAGGAUACUUUUGCUAUUAACUCCUACACCAGAAGUAAAGCAGCGUGGGAAGCCGGAAAAUUUGCAAAUGAAGUUAUUCCUGUCACAGUUGCAGUAAAAGGUAAACCAGAUGUAGUGGUGAAAGAAGAUGAAGAAUAUAAACGUGUUGAUUUUAGCAAAGUUCCAAAGUUGAAGGCAGUAUUCCAGAAAGAAAAUGGCACAGUAACAGCUGCCAACGCCAGCACACUGAAUGACGGAGCGGCUGCUGUGGUUCUGAUGACCGCAGAUGCGGCCAGGAGGCUCAACGUUAAACCACUGGCAAGAAUAGCAGCAUUUGCUGAUGCUGCUGUAGAACCUAUUGAUUUUCCAAUUGCACCUGCAUAUGCUGUACCUAAGGUUCUCAAAGAUGCAGGAUUGAAAAAAGAAGAUAUUACAAUGUGGGAAGUAAAUGAAGCCUUUAGUGUGGUCGUACUAGCAAACAUUAAAAUGCUAGAGCUUGAUCCCCAAAAAGUGAAUAUUAAUGGAGGAGCCGUUUCUCUGGGACAUCCAAUUGGGAUGUCUGGAGCCAGGCUUGUCGUUCAUCUGACUCAUGCCUUGAAGCAAGGAGAAUACGGUCUUGCCAGUAUUUGCAAUGGAGGAGGAGGUGCUUCUGCCAUCCUGAUCCAGAAGCUGUAGACAACCUCUGUUGUCUUAAGGCAACAACCCUACGUGGCCAGAAAGACCCGUUGUAAUGGGUGUGACUGACUACCCUGGCUCAGCUUGGACUCAAAAUCUGUUUCAUUUAUUUUAUUAUUUUCUAUUUUAACUUUUUUUUAAUAUGAUAAAAAGAUCAAAUCCCAACACCUUUUGAAAUUAAAUGUAAAUUUUUCUUCUGCUUUAAAUUUUUUAUAAUCUCUAGAAGUUCAACACGUUUUCAUGUUAUAAAGCUAUACUAUUUGAAA